AUGGUCAACUCCUGUUGUGGUUCCAUCUGCUCUGGGCAAGAGGUCUGUCAAGAGACCUGCUGUACUCCCAGCUGCUGCCCCCAGAUCACCUGCUGCCGCCCCAGCUGUGGUGUGUCCAGCUGUUGCCGCCCCACCUGCUGCCAAACCACUUGUUGUCGCACAACUUGCUGCCGUCCCAGCUGUGGUGUGUCCAGCUGUUGCCGCCCAACCUGUUGCCAGUCUAGUUGCUGCCGUCCCACCUGCUGCCAAACCACUUGUUGCCACACAACUUGCUGCCGCCCCAGCUGUGGUGUGUCCAGCUGUUGCCGCCCAACCUGUUGCCAGUCUAGUUGCUGUCGCCCCACCUGCUGCCAGACCACUUGUUGCCGUCCACCUUGCUGCCCUCCCACCUGCUGCCAGACCACUUGUUGCCGUCCACCUUGCUGCCCUCCCACCUGCUGCCAGACCACAUGCUGUAGAACCACCAGCUGCCGCCCAGCCUGCUGCUGAGCACUCAGAUCUGUAUAUAUCUGCUCACCAUUCUCAACCCAUUCCCUAGAGACACAAGCAACCAUCCCUCCUGCACAUCAAAAUGCAUAACCCUUUUUCAAAUCAUUCAACCUUGAGCUGAGUCACAUGAGCACAAUUUAAAAGGCUCAAAACCAAUACCUGGCUUUUUCUCCUGCCCAAGAAGCCAUUUUUUGUUACCCUUUCCUAUAGCAAUUGUGAAUAUAUUCAUAUCUGUCAGCUAAAAAAUAAACAAACCCCACCUUCCCUUGUUACACUUGAGUAUUCCAAUGACUAUUUUCUGUCUGCAAUUUUUCUG